AUGCCUAAGGCUCCCAAUGACCGACCUAAAAUUGAAGUUUCUCCACUUUCUCAACAAGCAGCCCCUCGUGCUUCCAAAGAAACUGCAGACGCAGUGAACGCUGCUAUAUCUUUCUUUCGGCGCUACUCAAGGCACAUACAAGAGCGCAACGUGGAUCCACGGUUCAUCUGGUUUUUAGGUGAGGAAACCGUUGUGACCAACAAGUUGAAACGCCCCGAUGCCCCGCCGCGACUAUCUACAAUUUCAGACCCGCUCAUGAUCAAUCUGGAAGAAGAGGGUGAUGUUGAUGAUGACGACAUUGAGGAUGAGGCUGCUGCCAAGCGACGCAGGAGGAAACGACGCAAAGCGCAGUUGCCUCUUCUGAGUCUAGAAAACCACAAUCGAGAAGCUUGCAAAUUGCAAAUCCUAGAUGUGGUCUCCGCCACGGGCAGCUACUUGACAUGGCCCACGAUAAGCAUGAAAACCAAAUCACGCCAAGGGGCAGAGGUCAUCACUGAAGACUAUGAAAGUUUUCAAGUCACGGAAGACCCCUUCAAACUUUGGCUUGAGAAAAUCUAUAUCCCGGAAACGAACCCGGCACCGGGACAAGAGCGCUUACUCAUUCUAUGCCAUAAGAAUUUGAUCCUAGCUGAACUGGCGAAGGACAUCGCCGACCUAUGCGAAAAGAGCAAGAUAUCACUCAUGUUUCUCCCCGCGGACAACACCGAUCGAUUCCAGCGUUUGGACAUUUGCGCUUUCGCCACGAUGAAACCGCCAUUUGAAAUCGAGCUGGGCGUCAAGUGGACUGCAGAACAACUUAAACUCGUGCCCACGGAGAUGUUUUGCAACUGGUAUCAGGAUGCGCGCGACGUGGCGAUCGCGGAAAGGUUCACGCCUCCUAUCUGGAUGAACUUUGGGUUGUAUCCUCCCGAUGAAACGAAGUUCAUGAGGAGUAUCCUUUGCGAGUCGAUUGUACGUGCUUUUGAUAUUUAUCAAGCCAAAAAGAGAAUAAAAGAGGAGGCACAAUUAACUAAGCUCAAUGCGAUGAAAUGA